AUGGCAACUGCGGGUGUAGCACCUGCUUCUGGAUUAAGAGAUGUAAAUGCAGCAAGUUCAGUAAUUGCUGCUGAUAGGUUACCUGAUGAGAUUCUUGGCAUGAGAAUUAAGGAUGAUAAGGAAAUGGAAGCAAGUGUGGUAGAUGGAAAUAGUACCGAAGCAGGACAUGUAAUUGUCACUACUAUUGGUGGUAAAAAUGGCCAACCAAAGCAGACAAUAAGUUACAUGGCUGAGCGUGCUGUUGGACAAGGAUCAUUUGGUAUAGUUUUCCAGGCAAAAUGCUUGGAGACAGGUGAAACUGUGGCUAUAAAGAAGGUACUUCAAGACAAGAGGUACAAGAACCGGGAAUUACAAACAAUGCGCCUUUUGGACCACCCCAAUGUUGUAACUUUGAAGCAUUGUUUCUUUUCAACAACUGAAAAAGAUGAGCUCUAUCUUAACUUGGUACUUGAGUAUGUUCCUGAGACUGUCCAUCGUGUGAUCAGACACUACAGCAAAAUGAAUCAGAGUAUGCCGGUGAUUUACGCUAACAUUGUCAUAUUGGUAGUUACGUGA